AUGAACGUCGGGAAUACGCAGAUUUGCUGGCACGUCUUCAAAACGCUUCGCAAGUCCUUGAGGUACGAAUUUAUUUUGUUCAAAUCGUUCAUUUCGUGGAUUCGAUCCGAAAAAGCGUAUCAUGUGAAUUCCAAUGUUCUGUGCAACCUUUCUCUCACAAAAUAUUCGAGUCGAAAACAAAAAAAAAAUGGAGUUUUUUUCAAAGAAACCUUAUUUAAAAGUGGCAUUUUUGUAUGAAAUGCGCAGAAUUGAAUUUUGAAAUUGUUUUAUUUUUGAAUUUUCCGUCCAAAUUUUCUCGCGCAAAAAACUUGACCAAAAGCAAACAUUGGAAUUCGCUUUGACCACAAUACGUCCAAAAAAACUUUUUUUCACCUUCUACCAACGGAAAAUCCGUGAGAAAUUUCUUAUAUUGACGUUUCUCAUUUUGCAGAAGCGACGUAUCGAAGCAGAACAGCUGCAGCAGAAGCAGGCGGAUGAGGAGGCCUUCCAGCAGACCAUCGUACCGAUUUUUCAACCGUUUGACAAGACUCGUCACAGAAGCCGAUGAGCUUCUGCGCGACUCCGACGCGGUUCCUGGACAGUAUGAACCAACGGCCAGAGAGUUGAAUUCUGAGGUGGAACUCGCGCGUAAAGUCAUCAACGACGCCGGAGUAGCUGCAGGACCACAAGUUGAGGCUAUUGAAUCGUUGGAGACGACUAUUCAGGCCGCACAACAACUCGCAAACGGCCUCGAAGAAAGAGCCCAAGCUUGGCGAGAAUUUGUCGUUGUUCGUGAUGAAACCGAUGCGACCCUCGGUAAACUUCGGACGCCACUUGAGCGCGUUCUGGAGAAACCAAAGAGAUCGGCGUCUGAAGCGAGCGAUGACAUGAAGGAAAUUCGCGAUGCAAGCCACGACAUUCAGAUUCUCAACGCAAACGUUGCCAACUUGCAACGACUUUCAGAAGCGCUCAACCCGCUGGAAAGUGCCUACGCCGAAGUUCGAUUUGCCGACGUUGAUACUGAACAAACUCAGAAGCAAUACGACGAGCUGCUCAAUGAAUUGGCUACAGAGCUGGAAGAUGAUCGCGUUCUUGGCGAAUCCGCUGAGCUUAUUGCUAAAGAAAUCGAAGAGAUCCGAGCAGUGCUCGACCAGAAAAACUCCCGACGACAAGACCGUCCUCGAGGGAAUCUCACAACAUCAAAUUCCUGCACUGAAAGCUCAAAUCAACCUUUUUGCAAGAUCGCAACGUCGAAGCUGUAGCAACCAGAAAGCACGUGGCUCCCGAAAUCGAACGCAUCAACGAGCUCUCUGAAGACAUCAGACAACUCGAGGAAGCUGUUGAGGAAUCUAAAAUUGCGGCUGAAAUGGCCGAGAAAGAACAACUCGUGCUGGUGUUGACGGUCAGGCUUUCUCAACUGGAAGGUACACCUCUCGAAGAAGUUGACCCUCAAGAGCUGAUCGACCUGAGCCAUAAACUCGAUUUGCUGACGCCUGACCAAGCAUCCGCAGUCAAGCCAAGAUCCAGAGCCUUCAAGAGGCCAAACAGCUGCACGAGGACACGAAAAAAGCUCUGCACGGAGACGUUCUGGCUCUUGAGAAGGAUGUCGACAGUUUCCUCGUUUCAGAGCCAGCGGUUGCCAAGUCGAAGAAGGGCAAGAAAGGCAAGAAGGAGCCAACUGCAUUGACCGUUGAAGACGUCGAACAAAAAAACUCGCCGACGCCAAUCUGCUCGUUUCAAGAAUCGAAGAAUUGGCGAGCAACCCACAGCUCAGCUCGGAAGACAAACUCAAAGUCGAAGAUUUCCGUCAACGGGUCAACAGUUCCGCCGAUGACAAGCGAAACGUCCUCGCCUCGAUGCUAGACGACUUACAAAAGCACGCGAAGGCCAGUGAAACGAUGAAGCGGCUUUCUGAAGCGCUGGAAAGAACUGAAACUGCGCUGGAGACCAUCCCACAGACGACUGUCGCAAUCACCGAUUUCAAAGGAAGCGAUGCUGCCGCAUUUGACAAGCCUCCUGGAAGAGGUUUCCGUUGUGCCACAAGACCUUGAACCAACCGCCAACGAACUUCGAACGCGAGUAGCUACCUUGGAAGGAGCUGUCAACAGCAAACUCGAUGACGCCGUCGCAGAGCAGCAGCGCCUUGACCAACUCAACAGGUCGCUGGAUGAACUGAGCUCCAUCUUGGACUCAGUUGUUCCCAAAUACGAGAAUCCGCAAAAAGCUGGAAGUGGCUAG